AUGCUAGGAGUUGAGGAAGUGUGGUUUUCUGCCAGAACGUUAAAGUCACUAAGUUCUACACGGUUUCUAAAUAUAAGCCUUCCUGAUGAAUUCGAUGCUCGAGCAUGGUGGCCGGCAUGCGAAUCUAUUGGCUUCAUCCGGGACCAAAGCAGCUGCGGAUCAUGUUGGGCUUUUGGCGCAGUUGAAGCGAUGUCCGAUAGGAUUUGCAUUGCCUCUAGGGGAAACAUAACUCCGACACUAUCUGCGGACGAUGUACUCGCCUGUUGCGAAUCGUGUGGAUAUGGAUGUCGUGGAGGCUACCCUGACAAAGCUUGGGAGUACUGGGUAGAGAAUGGUGUCGUAACUGGAGGUGAAUAUAAAAACAAUGUAAGCACUAUGUAUCCAUUUUCAACUAAUCGAGCUCAAAGACAGCGAAGGUUUUGCUGUAUGAAAUAA